CUUCGCUGCCCAUCACUUAUCCAUUUUCUGAGCUGUGUGUGAAUCUAGUCUUCUAUAUGAGUAAACCAGAUAUGAUGAACAAGAACUGCCUUGGAUGGGCAGCAAGAGACGAAUCUGGAGUUCUAUCGCCUUACACAUUUACUCGAAGGGAAGUUGGGGAUGAGGAUGUUUCACUAAAAAUUACACACUGUGGAAUUUGUUAUGCUGAUAUGCUCUUUACCAAGAAUAGGUUGGGAGACUCAAGAUAUCCGUUGGUUCCUGGGCAUGAGAUUGUUGGGAUUGUGAAAGAGGUUGGUUCCAAUGUUCAUCACUUCAAAGUUGGCCAUAGAGUUGGAGUUGGAGCAUAUGUCAAUUCAUGCAGAGAAUGCGAGUCUUGUAACCAGAGUCUAGAAGUUUAUUGCUCAAAGGGAUCAGUCUAUACAAGUAAUGGGGUUGAUGCCGAUGGCACGAUUACAAAUGGAGGAUAUUCUAGUUUCAUUGUCGUCCAUGAAAGGUACUGUUUCAGGAUACCUGAUGAGUACCCAUUAGCUUUAGCAGCACCCUUGCUAUGUCCUGGAAUUACCGCCUACUCUCCCAUGGUGCGCCACAAGAUGAACCAACCUGGUAAAUCUCUGGGAGUGAUUGGGCUAGGUGGUGUUGGUCACUUGGCUGUCAAGUUUGGGAAGGCCUUCGGAUUGAAUGUAACAGUUUUCAGCACAAGUAUAUCCAAGAAAGAGGAGGCAUUAAGUCUACUUGGAGCUGACAAAUUUGUGGUCUCAUCAGAUGAACAACAGAUGCAGGCAAUGGCUAAUUCACUUGACUUUAUAAUUGACACUGCAUCUGGGGAUCACUCACUUGAUCCCUAUAUGUCAUGUUUGAAGACUGCUGGUGUCCUAGCCCUAGUGGGCUUCCCUGGUGAUCAAAUCAAACUCAGUCCUGCAAGUCUCCUUAGGGGUAUGAAAACCAUCUCUGGAAGUCUAGUAGGUGGUGUGAAGGAGACUCAAGAAAUGUUGGAUUUUUGUGCUGCACACAAAAUAUACCCAAACAUCGAAAUAGUUCCAAUCCAGUAUGUAAAUGAAGCUUGGGAGAGGCUGACAAAGGGCGAUGUGAAGUACCGGUUUGUAAUUGAUGUUGAGAACUCCCUGAAGUGAUCACAAUAGAGUGGAAGAGGAACGUGGUUUUUCUGAUUACUCUAUGGUGGGCUUUAAUCAAAUACAUAGUGAUUCAAGUCAUUGAAUGAUCAUCAAAUCUAUCAUAUGUAAGAUAAUCCUUUUUUUGUUAAGUAGGUUCGAUCCUUUUGUAAUCAGUUACAGUUGUCAACAUAAAAUAAGAGAGUAAUAAUGUUGGAUUGUGUUCUAGAUGUUGAUGAUAA